UCCGCCAUCUUUGUUUUGGGCAAGCCAAGACAGGCUACCUCGGCGUGAAACAGAAUAAAAAGAUCAGAACGGACAGAUCUGGUCAGUUUAAACGCCGGAGAGACAGUUUCAGGUUCAGGCAGUCUCAGGAUGUGUGGAAGGACCGCAUGCACCCUUGCUCCAGACGAUGUGCCUCGUGCCUGCGGGUUCCGGGAUCGCCGGGGGCAACGGCGGCAGCCGAGAUGGAAGGACGGCGACAGCAGCAAAUACUUCCCCUCACACAACAUCAGUCCACAGUCUCGCACGCCAGUCCUGGUGUGCAGCAGCCAUUUUGGAGGGGAGCCACAGACGGAGGACAGGACACUGGCAGCCAUGCAGUGGGGACUAGUGCCAUCAUGGUUCAAGGGCGACCCGAAAGGUUUCGGGUACAAGACGAACAACGCUCGCAGUGAAGGGAUGAUGACGAAAGGCUUCUUCAAGGGGCCACUACAGAAGGGCCAGAGAUGUGUUGUGCUGGCCGAUGGGUACUUUGAGUGGCAGACUGGGAAGGACGGCAAGAAGCAGCCGUACUUCAUCUACUUCCCUCAGAACAAGGGGGAGGGGGGCGACCUUCAGGACAACCCUGAGAGUGGUGACCUUCACAACAACCCUGAGAGUGGGGAGGGGGGUGACCUUCACACCAACCCUGAGAGUGGGGAGGGGGGCAACCUUCACGACAACCCAGAGAGUGGUGACCUUCACGACAACCCAGAGAGUGGUGACCUUCACGACAACCCAGAGAGUGGGGACCUUCACGACAACCCAGAGAGUGGUGACCUUCACGACAACCCAGAGAGUGGGGAGAGGGGUGACCUUGAGGACUCCGGAGCCUGGCAAGGGCGCCGGCUGCUGACGAUGGCGGGGAUCUUCGACCGGUGGACCCCCCCGGGGGGUGGGGAGCCGCUGUACACCUACACCGUCAUCACCGUGGACGCCGCGCCCGCCACCGGCCUGAUCCACCACAGGAUGCCGGCUGUGCUGCACGGGGAGGCGGCCGUACGGGACUGGCUGGAGUAUGGCAGGGUGCCUCUAAAUAAGGCCGUGGAGUUGAUCCGGCCUCAGGAGUGUCUGACCUUUCACCCCGUUUCCACGGUAGUCAACAACUCCAGAAACAAGUCCGCGGAGUGUGUGGAGCCCAUCGUGAUCGGACAGACAAAACCCACAGCCAGCAGCAAAAUGAUGUCGGCCUGGCUUCAGACGGCGAAACCGGCCAAAAGUGGGGGAGGGGAGAAACAGCCAUCCCCCAACCCCCCUGUAAGGGAGAAGAGACCUCCCCCCACCCCCAAACCAGGGCAACUCCUGUCCAUGUGGCUGAAGAGGGGAGCGAAAGAAGACGAUUCGGAUGACAGGUCUCCCUCGAAGAAAAGGAAAACAACUUGAGGGGAUGAGAUUAG